CUCCUCCCUCCCCCGGCGUCGUUGGAGCUGAUCGGCUGCCUGCAAUCCAACAUGGAGUAGAGAGAGAUGGGGCUCUAGCGGGGCCACCCCUCGGUAACAACAGCGACGACGCGCUUUUUACGCACAACUGGAACCGGAGUCGUCGGUGAAAAACAUGCGCCUUAGGACUUAAAAACCGGAGUGUGUGCCUUGUGUGUCCGUGUGUGCGUGUGUUUGGGGAGGGGGGGGGGUGCGAAGAGAAGAGCUGGAUUCGGCUACUAAAUUGUCUCUACAGGCUACGGUUCCUAUACUGAAGGCGAUGGGGGUGUUAAAGUUAUAGGAAUAGGGGCAUUCGCGAUCCCGGAGAAAGUGAGUGUCUUCGGGGGAAAAAGUGAGGAAAAAGGAGACGGAGGAUCAGCCAGUCGAAGAGCCGACACUCGCACAAAGGCGCAGGGGGGAUUUAUGCCGUAUUGGAGACAGAAUCGGAGGUGAAAGAAUGACGAGCGAAAAGUAUGCAACCGCCGUGGUACAUUACCUGAGGUGAAACGAGAAAAUGAUAGAAGAAACACACCCAAACGAUGACAGCUACAUCGUGCGUGUGAAAGCGGUGGUGAUGACGCGGGACGACUCGAGCGGAGGCUGGCUGGCCGAGGGUCCCAGCGCUCUGAGCCGGGUGGGGGUCUGCCGCCUGCUGCCGCCCGAGAUGGGGCUGCUGCCGACCUCCAGCGGCUCUCAGUUCAUCAUCCGGGGGGAACGGCUGCGGGACAAACAGGUGAUCCUGGACUGUCCUCUGAGGAAGGACCUUGUUUACACCAUAGCUACGCCCACAUUUCACCAUUGGAAGGUGGAGAACAUGAAGUGUGGGCUCUCCUUUCAGAGUCCAGCUGAGGCCAGAGCGUUCGACAGAGGCGUACGGAAAGCUAUCGAGGACCUGGCUGAAGGCUCCACAACCUCAUCUACAGCACUCCAGAAUGAGGGCGAGCUGGGUGACGACGACGUCUUCACUAACACCACAGACAGCUCAUCCAACUCCUCCCAGAAACUGGAGAGCUCUCUGCCGCCGCUCGAGUCCUCGCCCCUUCCGCAGAGACACAAGUGCAUGCUGGGACAUCGCCACGACCUCCACGACCCCUACCGGCUCACAGACCACUACUUCAUGGACCCGCCGUUGUCUCGGCUUCCCCGUCAUGUCACCUUCCAGGAAGACGAGGAAAUCGUCCGCAUCAACCCUCGGGAGCGGAGCUGGGAACGAACCACCGAGCGCCACUAUGGACGCCCGUCGGACCGCCCCUCUUUCACGGGCUACGAGGACUACCGACACGCCACCGUGCGGGACAAGUUCAUCCAAAUGGAAGACUCUGAGUCGUACGUACACUUUGCCAAGACAGAGUCGCAGAAGCACGACUACACCUACCCUCUGGCCCCCGCCCUGUCGCCCUCAGACUCUGACCCCGCUCUCGGAUCCUUGGUCAAUAAGGGCCAGGGCGGCUCGUACCGCCAGGGCUUCUCCUCGGUGGUCUCCGUCCAGCCUCGAUCCUUCCUCCCGAGCUCCUCACCGUCCACAAAUGGCGGGAAGGGGCGAAAAGAGGACGGGUUGGAGCGCGCUCAGUGUGAGCAUUGCGGCGAGGCUUUUUACAUCACCGACAACCGGAGAGGUCGGUGCCACGAUGCGCCGGACCCUGUGCAGGGGUGCAUCCGGAGGGUCAGCUGCAUGUGGCUGGCAGACACCAUGCUCUACCACUGCAUGUCAGACCCAGAGGGGGACUACUCGGACCCCUGCUCCUGUGACGGGGGCGAGGGCGGAGGUGGAGGCCGAUUUGGUUCUCGCUGGUUAGCGCUGCUCGGUUUAUCUCUGGUGGCGCCGUGCCUUUGUCUCUACCCGCCGCUCCACGCGUGUCACCGGGCGGGGCUGAGGUGCGGCUGCUGCGGAGGCCGACACAAAGCCCUGAGCUGAGGAGAGGAACAAUGACAAAAACCUAAAAACCCAACGCAAGCACAGGGAAAGGGAAGGAUGGGGAUGGGGAUGGGGAUGGACACGGAGGGGACAAAGUGGCUGCUCACUCUCUUGCCUUGGUUUCUCUGGGAUUCUCUACAAAUUCCAGACACUGAAAUAAGCCAAAUAUAAAAACAGUUGGUGCAUUUUCUGAACGGCCUGGGAAGAUAAGCUCCCCCUUACGGCAGACAGUUCUCUCAGCUCUCCACGUGGCCAUUUCAUGCUCUGUUUCUAGAGAGAGAGAGCACUCUUUUUCAGGGGGCCUUUUUUUUUUAUAGCUGACCUAUAUGUCAUGUAUCACAUAUGCAGGUACUUUAUACUUUGUACACUGACUCGGCGUCAAAGAACUUGAAUUGUUUCUUUGUUCUUUUUUUUCUUUCUCCUUUGAUGUACGCGUGGCCAUUUUGUUUAUAUUCUAUUCCAAUAUCAGGCCCGCUCAACUCCAGCUACAAGAGAAUCAGACACUACACCUCUUUGCGUGUGUGUGAGUGUGUGUGUAUGUGUGUGUGUGGAUGGUAUUUGUGCGAGCUAACAAUGCGCACCGAGGCCUUUUGUUGUCUAUACUGCAGCUAUAGUCUACAUAGCUCUCCACCAUCGACAUCUUCUUUGUUCGCCGAAACAAACGUGGUACUCAUCUUAAUCUUCUAAUAUCCCAAAGAUUCUUGUUUUUAUCCUAUUUAUUUCUCACUGAAUUGAUCUACCAGCAAAUAGGGUGCUGGGUUGUGAUUCACUCAACUAACGAGACGGUGCUUUAAAUCAAGCUAGCAUUCGUCUCCCUGCUCCUUUCACGUUAUUUCAAACAGUGCCUAAACUUUCACCUAAACCAGUAACCAGUCUUAUAAUUCCAGUCAGUUUCUUGACACAUACACACAAAGCGGUGUCAGACUAUAAGGCUCUGAUUUCCUCAUCCUCCGCAGAACCUUAGUCAGCAGUCAAGGAUGAAAGAAAAAAAAAAAAAAUCAGAGAUACCAUUAAACUUGGUUCCCGUUAUGCCUUAAAAUGUGGAGUCUGGCUCCAAACUUCACCCCCAUCCCUCUGAAGAUGUCUGCUUUUAAUGAAAAGCGUGAGCACGGUUACGGCUCCAAGCAAUCAGCCUCAACACAUACUCUUUUUAAAUUGGUUUAAACUAUUUUUAUACUGAAAAGGAACUUUUAAGAAGGUUCUGAUCAAGUGUGUAAACUAAGGACUCCAGUGUGCUUGCGGUGUACAAUCAGCUCCCAUCUUUUUGCCUCGUCCUUCAAUGAAGCCCACCAGUCACAUACUGUAUGAGUAACAGAGACUAAAAACUGUUAUAAAAUGAUAAAUGUAAAUACAUUUCUUAAAAACUCCUUACUAGUGAAAAUUAGUACAAAAGCUUUUGUUGCCUAAAACAAAGUUAUGAAUGACCUUAGGCCUCUAGAAUGUCACUACAGCAAUGUAGUGAGUUUUAUUUUACACUUAUACAUAAAGAUGUGUCAUUCUUCUGUUGAAAGAAGAAUAAUCUGACAUUUUAAGAAACACAAGAUUCGUUUGAGGAAAAGAUGGAUACACUGUCUUGUCUCUGAGCCUGAAGCACGUUAGCUUAGCUUAGCAUUAACAUUGAAACGGGUGUAAACGGCUAACUUCGCUUUAUCUGAAGGUAAUAAAAUACAACUAUGGGCACAUUUAAAACUCACUAUUCAAUAAAUAUACAAUAUAACGUUUGUUUUAGAAACUAAAGUGUAAGAAGCUAUGCUAGCUGUUUCCCAGUCUUUGUGCUCAGCUUGGAAGAAGAGUAUUUCCCAAAAAUCUUAAACUAUUCUAUUAAGGUCCAAAAACGUUUUACUUAAUUAUAGAUACAAAUAAGUGACAACUUGCUGAAACCUCCAUAACAUGUGACUGGUGGGCCUACAGCAUUUGGGCCAAAAAACUGGGCCUUACUGCGCCUUAUGCCUAGGGGAUGUGACCGGGAAGACGAUCCUCUUAAGAAUUACAAAGAAAAAGGAUUAGCAGGACAUCAGUAGGGUCCCAUUGGUAAAGAACGGUAGUCCAAAACAAACAAACAUCCACCCCUGAUUGUUUUGCCAAGGAAAUGUCACUUGCUGUAGUUGAAAUACAGAAUGCCUGAGGAUGUCCUUUUCCCUUCCCUGGUUGUGUCUGUUUCAUACAUCCUGUCCUGUGUACCAGUCUGUAUGUCCUUGGUGUGUGUGAGUGUGUGUGUGAGUGUGAGUGUGUGUGUGUGUGUGUUUUUCCCACAUCCCUUCUCCUGCUCCUUGAUCCAAAGCUACUGGGAUCAGCUGAAAAUGCCAUCACAUGCGAAGUUAACAUCUAUCCAGUAUAAUCAGAUUCUACGAUGAUGUGAUGUUUCAGGGACGGGACCAAUCAGAUUGGAAAGAGUGUGUGUGUGUGUGUGUGUGUGUGUCAGCGUUAAUCUUUUUUCUCUCUGUCUCGUCCGGUGUUUAAGUGUAUUCUCACAUGUCAGAGCCAUUUACAAGUGCCUGAACGCAUCCUCUUUAUCUCCUUGUAUUUAAAUUGAAAAAGUAAAGAAACAAACUCCCUGUAUUGAAUUAGACCCAUUUUUUACGCUUAGUAUUUUUACCUCUGUAAAAAAAAAAGAGCAAAAAUUAUAUUAUAUAUAUCAAGUGUAUGUUGUACAUUUUUAUUUCUAUUUGUUUUUUUUAAAUAACUGUUUCUAACAUGUACGAUGGAUGUAGCUCUUGCUUUGAGAAGGAACAGGAAGUACUUUGUAGAUACUGAAGGGUGGCCAGGUCUGUGAGAAAACUAAAGUGAAAUGUGUGUCUUACCUUCCGCCUCCAAUAAAAUGAGAAAACAGUGAAACCACA